GCAAAGCCACGGAAAGAUGUAUGACCAGCAGAAGCAAGCACAGUUCCCUCCAUCUUGUGUGAAAGGUUCGGGAUUGGGGGCUGCGAAAACCACCAAAGGUACUUCUGUAAGAGGUCCUGCUCCAUGCCAGACUCAAGCCUGUGUGAAAUGCCCAGCUCCGUGCUCAACCCAAACCUACGUGAAAUGCCCGGCUCCGUGCCAGACUCAGACCUACGUGAAAUGUGCAGCUCCCUGCCAGACGUAUGUGACGUGCCCAGCUCCGUGCCAGACAACCUACGUGAAAUGCCCAGCUCCCUGCCAGACGUAUGUGACGUGCCCAGCUCCAUGCCAGAAGACCUAUGUGAAGUGCCCGGCCCCCUGCCAGACCCAGACCUACUAUGUCCAGGCGCCUUCUCCCUGCCAGACCUACUACGUUCAGGCUCCUGCAAGGGGCUCAGGGCCCCAGUGUGGUGUCCCUGAUCCAUGCUCUGCUCCCUGUUCCACCAGCUACUGCUGCCUGGCUCCCCGGACCUUCGGGGUGAGCCCCCUGAGACGCUGGGUCCAACGGCCCCAAGGCUGGAAUUCAGGACCAUCUGGUUGCUGUGAGGCUUCUGGGUGCGGCAGCUGCGGGUGCGGCAGCUCUGGGUGCUGCUGCUUGGGAAUUAUUCCCAUGAGAUCCCGAGGUCCCGCAUGCUGCGAUCACGAGGAUGACUGCUGCUGAUAAGUGCAGAAGAACAGCCCUGCUCUACCUCCUGGGACGCUCACCAGCCUCUGCUCCCCUCCCUGUAUUCCCAGUGGUGCUGAAUCUCAUCGCUUCACCUCCCUGCUCUGCUUCUUUAUCAAGGCAGCC